AUUGGAUGCCAACCGCCGUUAAACCUCAUCGAAGAAGAAGGACCGUGUGCAAACCGCGCGUGACGCAGAAAGGAGGGAGGGACCGAUAACAAACAAACAGGAACAGUCACUUAGCUGAGGAACACGUGGAGAUGAGUAGUAAUGAGUGUUUUGGAUGCGGCCGCACCGGCCACUGGAUCAAGAACUGUCCGAAUGCCGGGCGGGGACGAGGCAAGGGCCGCGGGAGGGGGAAAGAUCUGUUCUGCUAUCGCUGUGGCGAGCCUGGGCAUGUUGCCAGGGACUGUGAGAGGACUGAGGAUGCGUGCUACAACUGUGGUCGUGGAGGACACAUUUCCAGAGACUGUAAGGAGCCCAAGAAGGAGAGGGAACAGGUCUGUUACAACUGUGGCAAGGCUGGCCACGUGGCCCGAGACUGUGACCAUGCCAACGAGCAGAAGUGCUACUCCUGUGGAGGUUUUGGACACAUCCAGAAGGGCUGUGAGAAGGUCAAAUGUUACAGGUGUGGUGAGAUCGGCCAUGUUGCCGUCCAGUGCAGCAAGGCCAGCGAAGUCAACUGCUACAAUUGCGGAAAGUCUGGUCACCUGGCUAAAGAAUGCACCAUCGAGGCCACGGCCUAGCACUCUGCUGCCUUCCUACGCCCCUCCUUUUUCACAUGGAUGAUUGUAUUAUUUUGUCUGAAACCUGCCCUCUGGCUACGGAGGUUUCUCCCAGACCAGUCUGCUGUAAAGUGCUGAAUAAUACACUUUCUGUAUUUAAUCCAAAAUGUUUACUUUGGUAGAGGUUAAUGUACAAUGGUUUGUUAAAGAAGCCAUUUUCCAUGCCACUGGUGACAAGGGAUGAGUUCUGAGUGGAUGUCCUCCCCACCAGGUCCGGGGAAACCAGCCCUUCAAGUCAGAAUGAAAGUUUGUCGGAACUUUUUAGUUUUUUGGAACAUAACGGACUAGACCUGAGACAGCAGCACCACCCAGUGGUCGUUAUGGGUUCAGUCCGUCCGACAGCAGCAUGCAGACAGACCAGGACCAAACCCGUCACAACAUGGUGUAUGAAUACAGACGGUCAUAGCUAAUUCACAAGAAAAUACAAAUAUUUGUUUUUGUACAGUUAGCUGCUGAGUGUCAGAAUCAGUCUUGAUCCAGUAGUAAGUUAAUGUGUGUUAUAUAACCAUGGAAACAGAUCAGAAAAAGAAAGGCUAAGAGAAAGAAUGUUUUCACAAAUCUAAAUGUUAUUUUUCUACAAAAUAACACUUAGACCAGUGGUUUUCCAACCUUUUUCAAUCGGGCCCCCCCCCUUCUAUAAAUAUUUUGGGGGCGGUAGGGCGCUCCACGCCGACAAUCGCACACCCGACAGUUUAGGAACCACUGACUUGGACAACUGUAAAAAUAUAUAAUUUGCUUGUACUCAGUUUAAGUGGAAAGGUAAUGCAACUGAAAUCCUCCAACAUAAUGUAAUUUUAAUCUCAAUAAAGUGCAAGAAGGGAAGUUAGACUGA